CACAGCUGCUUAAGUUAUCCGGACCUCGGACCGGAUUGUGCAGGAACACUCUUCAGUUUGAUAAUGUUAGUCGGACUGACAGGAAACUUUUCGAAAAUGCAGAAAUCAACAAAUUUCUCAACAUCACGCAACCAGCUCGGUAGCUAAACAUCUAUAAAUUUCAACUAUUAUAAUACCUACAUUUACAAUUUCAUCGUCAAAGAUUUGAACUGUGGAUUAGUAAAUAUCUGUCUUAAGCUGUCAUAACAUCCAAGCGAACAUUCUAGAAGACACAGUACUAGCUGUUUCAUAUUUGGCGGGAAAUCAUUAUAUCAGCUCAUGGUUAUUUAUUACCACAAGUGCCAGUCGGAGCCGCGCACACGUGCACACUCGUACAUUGAGCUACCUUACACCCGCUCGGAAUCACUUCUUGUAUUUUCUCUGUCAGCUGUUUCGUCUGCUCGAUUGUCUGCUUGGUGACGGAGCCCCUGUGUCAUGUAUAUAAUAUCAUAUGUGCAAUUCUGUAAAGUGUAAACCGGCUGCUAUUCAUUUUCCCCAGGUGACAAGAUGGAAACAGCAGUGAACAUCUCCCAGUCCUGCAACCAUUUCACUGCCUCCAUGAAACUACACUUCCUUACAGCCAGGAGAGACGGAGAGUCUUGCAAACAGACUCUCGAUAGUCUGUUGAAACUGCUGGAGGGCACCUCACGUGAACGGAACCAGACGUACGGUCUAAUAGUAGACGGCACGUCUCUAGCCACGUGUUUUAACACGUGUCCUGAACUGUUCCUCCGGACCACGUUGCUGUGCACCGCUGUUCUCUGCUGCAGACUUUCUCCUCUUCAGAAGGCUAAGGUAGUAAGAAUGGUAAAAGAACACAAAACAAAUCCAGUAACACUGGCUAUUGGAGAUGGAGCUAACGAUGUCAGUAUGAUCCUAGAGGCUAAUGUUGGAGUCGGUCCAAGUUAAUAUCUAAACACACCUACCUCGUUCUCCAAAAUACCUCUUUUUCUGCAAAAAAGGACCAUUGGUAACCUUUCACUUAACAUUCUGCUUUGCAAAAUGG